AGUACCUCAUAAUGGAAAUUUUCUAUUAGUUAACCCAAGGAAUUGAGAUUCAGGAACAGGAAAACUUCUUCACAUUAUCUAAGAGUCAUUGUGAAACAAGUUUGAAAUUUACCACACUCAUAUUGAGUUGAUCAAAAAAGUAAAUGCUUUCUGAUCUGUUGCUAAUCGAAUACAACACUAAGUGGAACUACAGGGAAAUCCGGGAGUGCUCCAAACCACCAAAUGACAAUGCUUUAAAAGUCAGUUCCAAGCAACAAUCUUUAGAAAAAUUGAAGACGACAAACGAUGAUCUUUUGGAGUUGUUGAGUGGAGUGAAUAUCAGUCAGCAGUGGCAUUCUUCAGGAUUUGCUUCUUCAGAACAAAGUCUUGUUCCUCCUAUGCAAGUAACAAAUGUGACGAAGAACAAAACUUUACUUACGUCCUUCUCGAAGGAAGGCAAGUUUCCUCAGCAGCUACCAUUUCGAGAAACCCUACAACAACAAUGGCAUGAUGUGGAUACGCCGUCACAGUUUGAAAACUUACAAGUUAGAGGUAUGAAUAUGACGUCCAUGUUUCCAACUCGACAAGGAAUAAUAUUUCCCAAUAUGAUAAUGACUCCCUAUAUGACUUAUGGAGGCCCUGGAACUUGGUCUGGUAUGUAUAUAUGCCAUAUAAUAGUAUGGAAGGAUGAACACUCAGAGCUUUUCCCUGGCAACCUGUAUUUUAUUAGCUCCAAUUAUAGUUGUAUGGGUCCCAGAACUCCUGGAACUGAUAAGAACAAUGCCAAUAUGGAGUAUGAUGUCGAAAUUCGCAUCGAAUUCGCCAUCGGAAUACGAUUCGACUCAAAAGAGAUGGCUACACACGGGUCUUCUAGGAACUUUUCCCAAAGUAUUUCAUCUGAUAAGAUAGGACGAGGACUAAAAGUCUAGAACUGGUAUUCGGUGAUCUGUAUCCGUUUAGUGUUUUAGCUAGCCAAACAAGUAAUAGAACAAGAGAAGUGACAAAUAGCUGAAUGGCUUAAUUGUAGUUUUAAUCACAUU